AUGGAGAUCACACUUACAGGACUUGCCAAGGCACCCAGGACUUACCCCAACAAUGAGAUUGCACUCACAGGACUUGCCCUAGCACCAAGGACUAACCCUAGCACAGAGACUGCACUCAUAGAACUUGCCCUAGCAUCCAGUACUUACACUAACACUGAGAUUGCAACUCAUAGAACUUGCCCUAGCAUCCAGGACUUACCCAAGCACGGAGAUUGCACUCACAGGACUUGCCCUAGCAUCCAGAAC